CAAACUCACACACAAUACUUACUUACUAUUUUCAUAUUCAUAUAUUUUUUGAAACAUGUCUGGUGUUUGGGUAUUCAAGAAUGGAGUAGUGAGGCUAGUUGAGAACCCCGGUGACUUCCACGGAGCGACGGGUCGCCGUAAAGUGCUUGUGCACCUUUCUAGUAAUGAAGUAAUAACAUCAUAUGCAUCUCUCGAGAGGAUUUUGUUCUCUCUUGGAUGGGAGAGGUAUUAUGAUGACCCUGACCUUCUUCAAUUCCAUAAAAGAUCAACUAUUCAUCUUAUUUCUCUACCAAAGGAUUUCAACAACUUCAAGUCCAUGCACAUGUAUGAUAUUGUUGUUAAGAAUCGUAAUGAGUUUACAGUUAGGGAUAUGUAGUACUACUGAUUAAUAAUUAGUUGAUUUGAGAUAUUUUUCUCAAAUUAAUUAAUGUUGUUUGAUUUAAAUUAGGUUGUUUCUUGUUUUAACUUAAUGUUUGGUUUGUGUAAUUUAGGUUUAAGGGGGGUGUUUAAGUUUCUUUUGGGUCAGGAAGCUAAUUAUUACUUGUUGUAAUGGUGUAAGAGUGAAGUUUUAUGGCAAUAAAAACUUGGUUUGGCUUGAAA